GAAACUCCUGUCAAACUGAGACCCACACGGGUUUACAGUGUGAUGAGUGUAUAAAUACAGAAGCCCUGUCGAGAUGGACAAACCACAGUUCUAACAUCCGACGACUAUCUACCAAGAACAAACAACUGACCGACAGCAAUGGCUCCUGUCAAUAUUUGCGACAUGGUGAUGACCACGAAAGAUAAAAUCAAACUUAGAAAACCAGUGGUGGAAAAGAUGCGCCGAGACCGCAUUAACAGCAGCAUCGAACAGCUCAAGACACUCCUCAAAACCGAACUUCAAGCACACCAACCCAAUUCGAAACUGGAAAAGGCUGACAUUCUCGAGACAGCUGUGGUUUACCUGAAAGACAACAGCAUGCGCCCUGCUGCUUCAUUCAACGUAGCGUCACCUGUCCAAAGCUACGCGGAGGGAUUCACCCGCUGCCUGGAGGAGACGCUGCGCUUCCUCUCAGCGAAAAACCAGCCGACUGGCUCACAACAGAAGCUUCUCAAUCACUUCAAUCGCGCUCAGAAACUCGGUGAUAGAGUCGUGCUGAGUCCAAACCGCGCAACGGUCCCUCACAACAGCAGCACUCCGAAACGUGUCACCCCAGGUGGAAGAGGGCCCAUGUGGAGACCCUGGUGAUGCUCAUAGCCUAUUUGGAGACUUUCAGUAAUGAAACUUUCGAUGUCAAAACCAGAUAAUAUUUUGGUCUAGCACGACCCUGUAUGCUCUCUUCUUGUUGGAAAUUAUUCUUCCCUAUACAAUUUUAUCUUUUGUUCGUAAAAUAUAAAAUUAUUGUUAUUCUUCUGUGUAGAAUAUCCUCUAUUGUGCAUGUAUUAUGAACUUUACAAUUGCGAAGUAAAAUGUUUUUACAUAUUGUAAAAUAUAUUAUUAUAAUAUAUUGGUGUAUCUAUUUCUGGGAAAAUACCUCAGCCCUAUGUUGCUGAAUUGUAAUUUGUCCUGAAACAAACUGUGAUUGGAACAUUGUCUAUCACAUUGAUGUGGCAAUAUUCCCAAUAAAUAAAUGAA